AUGGCGGCACAGCAGACAGCCCCUUUGCAGAAGCAUGUAGAGCAGGAAGGACAGAAGGAAAUACUACUAGUUACAUCAGUACCUUUGCAGCAGAGAUGUCGGACCCUCAGCACUUCUAUUCCCUCAAUAUCAAUCUGCUGCAAGAGCCAGUGCUUCAGAGAGUGUGUGAGCUUCUGGACCAGACCAGUGACAGGGGAUGGAGGAGGCUGGCAGGGGUCAUUGGCAAGAACAGCCGCUUCAAGCUAAGUUACAUGGAGCUUCAUCAGUGUUCUCUGAAGGUGAUGGAGCCGGAAGGAAGCCCCGCCCGCAGCUUACUGAGAUUAAUGGGCGACCAAGGAUGUACCACAAAGGAACUGGCGGACCUCCUGCACAACAUUGGCCAGUCUAAUGCUAUCCAGAUCCUACGGCCCCCAGGGAUCAAAGUGGUUUUUCAGCCAGAAUCUGUGGCCGUUCAGUCUGGACAAAUGGUCAAGCUGUGUUGUAUAGCGGCCGGGCAUCCCAUUGUUAAUUACCAGUGGUUCAAAAUGGAUAAAGAGGUCCCCUACGGGAAUUCAUCAGAGCUGGCAUUUAACCCUGUGGAUGCGAACGACGCUGGAUUUUACAUCUGCCGAGUCAACGACAUACAGUCUUUUGAUUUCAGCAAUUGGGCACAGAUGGACGUCAUCGAGGGCCAUGCGGCCUGUACUGGCCUAUCUAUGUUACCUGACCACAAACUGCAGAUCUGUAACCAACCUCAGUGCCAAAACCUAGUGGCGGGGGACAAGCUGAUUUUGGAGUGUGCCGCUGUAGGGAAGCCCCUCCCCCGGUACCAGUGGUACAGAAACGGUGUCGCCAUGUUGGAUGCGGCAAGCAAAGUUUACACGGUUUCCAAUGUUUCAGCUGAAGACCAGGGCAUUUACUAUUGUCAGGUGUCUAAUGGUAAUGAGAGUGAGAACAGCCAGAGCGUGGAAGUCCUUAUAGGAUGUGGAAAGCUUUGGACAAAUGUCGCAAUGGAGUGCACAGAAGAUGAAUUGAGUGAUUUAAUCAUUAAUGUACCCACAAAUGAGCCACUGUUUGCUACAGACAAAGUCGCACUGGUCAUCGGGAACAUGUCCUACAAGAACCACUCCCAGCUGAAGGCGCCGAUGGUUGAUGUGUAUGAACUUACCAACUUACUGCGGCAGCUGGAUUUCAAGGUUGUGUCUCAGCUUGACCUCACCGAGGUAGAGAUGAGGAAUACGGUGAACGAAUUCUUACUCUUACUGGACAAAGGCGUAUAUGGGCUGCUGUACUAUGCCGGCCAUGGUUAUGAAAACUUUGGGAAUAGUUUUAUGGUUCCGAUUGAUGCUCCGAAGCCGUACCGAUCCUCCAACUGCUUGUGCGUCCAGAGCAUCCUGAAACUAAUGCAGGAGAAGGAGACCGGCCUUAAUGUGUUUCUGCUGGACAUGUGCCGGAAAAGAAACCAGUAUGAUAAUACUAUCCUGAUUCCAGAGAACCUGCAGGUGACGGCAAACAUUGUCUUUGGAUAUGCCACGUGCCAAGGUGCGGAAGCUUUUGAAAUUCAACAUUCAGAUCUAGCAAAUGGUAUUUUUAUGAAGUUUUUGAAAAAACGCUUAUUAGAGAACAAGAAGAUCACCGUUUUGCUGGAUCAGGUAGCAGAAGACAUGGGACGAUGCCUGCUCACACAAGGAAUGCAAGCUCUUGAGAUUCGCAGCAGCUUAUCAGCUAGAAGGGCACUGACAGACCCCAUACAGCAGAUGGCCUGCUUCCCUGAAUCUCUGGCACGAAACCUGCAAUGGGCAAAGGCAAAUGAGCUCCCGGACAGUAUGUGCAUCGAGUUUGACUGCGGUGUAAAAAUCAAGCUGGGAUUCGCUGCAGAAUUCUCCAACGUGAUGAUAAUUUACACGCAGAUUAUAAGCACGCCCUCCAAUAUCAUGGAGUGCAGAGCGAACGUCACCGACUUCCCGCUGGAUUUAUACGUGGACCCUAAAGAAACAAAUAAAGGCACCCCAGAGGAAACGGGAAGCUUCCUGGUGUCUAAGGAGCUCCCUAAGCACUGUCUCUAUACUCGGCUGAGUUCCUUGCAAACACUAAAGGAAAACUUAACCUUCUCAGUCUGUCUGACCUAUAUGUAUGACGGAGUUGAUGACAUGGUGGAUGAAAGAAAGAAGAUUGACGUGGGAAAGCCGCUAAUUGCUAAGUUGGACCUCCAUUCCGGCCUCCGAUCCUUCCACGCACAGUCCGGUCGUACACCUCACGCUCCCUGCCACAGUUCUGAGACGGCCUCGUCGGCUCUCCAUACCCCUCAUGUUUAUACAAGCCCCCGUUAUCCACAGUCACCGCUCAGUGUUCACCACCAGAACUUAGCCAGCAGCAUGCAGCCAGAACACUAUUGGCAGGACAGUUACUCAGGAUUUCCUCAUAGUGGCGGCCGGAGGUAUUUCUCAGAACCAAAGUCACCGUAUAGCAAUGUGAGGACAACAAGGCAUAAGAACGUGCCGGAGGAGAGUACGGAGGAGGAGACAGAGGAGAACUUUGCUCUAUGAUUGUGAUGUGUAAAAACGAGUAUCUGUAGUCACAGGUCUUUGUGCGUUGACCGGCGGCUCGUAUUACUCUCGCCAUUGGUAUGGUCAUGUUAUCAGUAUUCACAAUGGAUUUCAGUUUCUGAAGCACAUACAGUAUCUGUAGUAUUAUUGCUAUUGUACAUGAGAUGAGAGAGGCCUGGUUCAGAGUUAGAUGUAAAUGGACACUUAGAGCCCGAUUUAGAGUUGCAUGCCAGGGCUGGCACAAGUACAGAUGACAGUGGCGGUGUCUGGUCUCACAAGCGGAAAGCUGGCAGCAGACUGAAUCCAGGCGGGUGCUCGCAUAGAUUUCCGAUUGCUGGAAUCGUCCACAAUUGCACCCGCCUUACGUGCAACUCAGAAUCAUGGUCUUACAUUGUCUUUUCAGUUCUGGGCAUCAGACGAGUCAUGAAAUGAAGGGGUCUAUUCAUGAAGCAGUGAAAAAGUGGAGAAGUGAGCCAGUGGAGAAGUUGCCCAUGGCAACCAAUCAGCUGCUACGUAUCAUUUUAUAGGAUGCAUGCUAUAAAUGUUUACCUAAACAAUGAUUGGUUGCCAUGGGCCACUUCUCCACUGGCUCACUUCUCCACUUCUCCACUCUUUUCGCUGUUUCAUAAAUAACCCCUAAAUCUGACGGGUCUGUAAAAGGACACGAUGAUGUCACACAGGGGCUAACUGGGAGCCAAAUACCCUAAUGACAAUGUAAUGUCUACUCAUUAACGAGUCACUCACAUAAGUGCUGUAGUUUCCAAUGUAUCCAAGAAUCCUUAGCUUACCUACAGUGUACUCGGUACUGAGGAUUAGUGUUUUGCCGUGGCUAGGUCGCAAACUCAAUUGCUCGCGAUCUGAGGACAAGUAUAUGUGGACAUUCAGACACAGACAAUAACAAACUUCCUACAGAAGUCACAUACUGCAAUAAGUAUCCUCCUGUUAUUAGUAUCCUCCCAGCCACUUACACACAGAUUCUGUUAUACCUUCAUAGAGUAUGAACUAAUAAUCAUACAUAAGGUACACAAAACCCAUCGUAGGGACAGUGGUACAUUACAUGCAUACGCCUUCAUUUGAGUUGUAUAUUUACUGUUAUUAAUGCAACAAUCUUACACACAAAAUAUAACCCAGUGUAGCACAGAUGGUACAACACAUCAUCAAGUUUACUCUGAACUAUUUAACUUUUUUAUAUAUCCUUAUUUUAUAAGUACCUUAUGCGUGUGUUGGCAAGAUGCAUGAUGGGGGUCAUUCCGAGUUGACCACUAGCUGCCGUUGUUCGCAGCGCAGUGAUCAGGCUAAAAAUCUGCAUUUCUGCGCAUGCGUGUGCACCGCAAUGCGCACGUGCGACGUACGGGUACACAGACCUUUGUGGUUUUGCACAGGUUCUAGCGAAGCUUUAGGUCGCACGGCACAGCGCAAGAAGAUUGACAGGAAGGGGGUGUUUCUGGGUGUCAACUGACCGUUUUCAGGGAGUGUUUGUUAAAACACAGGCAUGCUGGGAAAAAACGCAGGCGUGGCUGGGCGGACGCUGGGCUGGUGUGUGACCUCAAAAGCCAACCCUCCAACGUUAGAAUCAACGCACACGAAGAGUAACUACAGGGCUGGUCUUGUUUUGCACAAAAUGUUUUUGGAGGCGCUCUGCUGCACAGGCGUUCGCACUUCUGCAAAGCGAAAAUACACUCCCCGGUGGGCGGCGACAAUGCGUUUGCACGGCUGCUAAAAACUGCUAGCGAUUGAUCAACUCGGAAUGACCCCCUAUGUGCGAUGUAUCCCGUCACUCAUCGCAAGCACAAGGGCGGUAAUAUCUGUCCUUUGCAAUAGAAGGACUUCUGCGCUUGCGUCGAGUGACGCACGUGAUGCGGGGGGAGUGGCGAUUGGAUCUCUCUGAAGGGGACAGGCGAAAUUAAGCCCAUAGGCUUAGAUGGCGUUGCCCACUACAUCCAAGCUCCACUGCAUUCAAGCUUUGUGAAAUGUUUUAAAAAUGUAUAUCUAUUAUAUAAAUCCUAUUCUACUAUCACCAGUCAUUUGUCAGAUACACUCUCCAGCAGUGUGUAUCCAGCACUCACCUUUCCUGCACACUUUUCAUCUUCAAUCUGCUGGGAAUAUGGGGGGUCAUUCCGAGUUGAUCGUAGCUGUGCUAAAUUUAGCACAGCUACUAUCAUCUUUCCUGACAUGUGGGGGGACGCCCAGCACAGGGCUAGCCCGCCCCGCAUGUCAGUGCCGCCCCCCCCGCAGAAGUGCAAA